AUGGAUAUAGUGAGGGAAAAGAUCGGAUUGUGUGCUGACGGCAUUCAAGGACUGAGAGAACAGGGACAAACAAACCAUCUUGUUCGUCUCUUUAUUGAUAAGUUUGACUUCCUCUUUGGCCAUGAUAUUGGUAGCCCACCUUCACCUGUCUCUAUCAGUGGUUCAGAUCGAGUGUGGAACUCAAAGCGAAUUGAAGUGCAAGCAGCAAAGGAGAAGAAAUCCCCACCUGUCACUCCAAUGUCUUAUGAUCAGUACAUGAGACAAAGGAGACAUAAAUUGGUAUCACAGGAUGAAUUGGACAUGAACUCAAACUAUUCUGAAGUCUCAAAAGAAGAUGUAUCAUCAGGAAUGCCACAAAAUCAGGGAUACCUCAGUCUUCCUGAUGGUGAGUUUGAUGAAAGAGCCUUAUCUCCAUUCAAUCUUGAUAGUGACCAAGGAACCAGUACUGCCCCAUCACCGAUAUCAUUGUCUAUUACAUCAGAAUUUGUUGAAAGGACAAUACAAGAGAGUAUAUCUCAGCAUCUAUUUGGCGCUCAUGGUAAUCCUCGAUUUGACCUUAGCCCAAGAACAGAAACUCCAGUAGCCAUGCCUAGAAAGAAGCAUCAGAAAAAGAAUCAAGACAGUUCUUCUUUCAAUAGGAGGAGUAAUUCUGAGUCUUCGUUAGAGCACCUAGUCAACUCAUUUGCUGAGAAGGAAGGUAUAUCAGUCAGAAAUAGGGUACAGCAGUUCUCUGAUGACACACUGGUAUCUACCAAGUCACAUGAUCGCAGUCAUCCAAUAAAAAGAAAAGGCAGACCAACCUCCAAAGCUUUUGAUAUAUUUGAAUCUCAGGGCAUCAUUAUUGGAAAGAAAUUAGUGGACUCAACAAUCAGUGAAAGAGUUCCCAGAGAGACUAGUUCAUCCAGCUCAAAGGCCAGUGAAGACUCGGAACUGGACAUUGUUAAACGCAACUCAGGCCCAUUAAACUCUUUAACAGCAGGCAGGGUUGCCCCACCCAAGAGAAGAUCUCCCACAAAGAAAAAUAGGGGAUCAGGUGGAGAGGAUAGCCGGGAUUCUCUAGCUGGGAAAGAAAAGGCAGCUAAUAGAUCAGACUAUUCUGACCUCAAAACACAGAACCAAGAUGUUUGGCUAAGACAACAUGGAGAUGGACAGAAUAGUCCCCCAAACAGGAACAGAAAUCCCAGAGAAGGGGGACUAUGGGGGAUACACAAUACCGAUGGUGAACCCCAGCAUAAGGAGCAACCAGUUCCUCAGCCAAGAACAAGGAGGGGGAAGGCAAAGGAAGGGGAGAAAGAUGAAGGAAGGAGGAAACAAUUAACAGGUGGCUCUGACAUCAAAUGGGAAAGAAGAAAAAUAGAAGAGGAUGAAAGAGAAAACGAUGGAGGAGAGGCAAGGAGAAUAAAUGAAAGAGGAGAAGAUGGAAGGAGAAGAGAUGAAGAAACCAGGGAUGAAAAGAUGGAAGAUGAAUUGAGAAGGUUGGUAGGAGAGGAAAGAGAGAAUCCACCUUCUAGUGCUCUUAAAGGUCAGGUUGUGCCUCCACUUGACUUGACAAGUCUACAUGUAAAUACUGAAGGACCUGCAUGGCAAGGCCAGCAAGCUUCACCAAGAGGAGGAGGGGGUCAAAGUGGAUCAGAAGGGAGUACACAGACCCUAUCCAGGCUUGAGAAACUCCAAACGAUAACAAGUCUUCUUCAGCAUGAACCUUAUGAUGCUCCACUCUCCCCCAGGGCAAAAGAUGCCCCACCCACCUUUGGAAGUGGCUCAUGGGAUAUGCUGGAGAGCCCGCCCUCACCUGUUACCAAGCACGAUUUGUUUCCUCGUUCUAGUAAGCGGUCUGAGAGCUCACUGGAAGAAGAAGAUCAGGUAUCAGUUAUCAAGAGAUUAACAAGACAAGUUAGAUCACUCAAGCAAAAGAUUAAACAGUAUGAAGAAGAAUUUGAACGCCAGUAUCAUGCAAAGCCAAGCCAUACUGAAAAACUAAGUCAACCAGAGAUCAGGAAGAUGAUUGGAGAACUCAAGAGAGCUAAUAAACAUCUCAAAGCCUUGAAGAUUGAAGCAAAGGAAAGUAAGAACCCACUCCAUAGUACCCUUCCUGCUCGUCUAUCUCCUAAUGGUGAAGAGGAAGGGUCUUCCACCAUUCAUCUAGCUGGUCUGAAAGAAGCCCUCAACCUUGCCCAGAAUCGACUCCAGGAGAAACGAGAUGAUGCUAAGAGAGGAUUUGAUGUGCUGGAGAUGAACCAGGAUGAAGUGAAAGAGGAAAAGGUUGCCAUUCAGAAGGCAUUACUUCAAUUGGAGAGUAAAUAUGGCCGACCGCUUAGGCUAUGGGACAGGUGCUUCCGACAUACGGCUUUCAAGCCAACAUGUCGGCAAGCUCUCGGUGACCGACGGCUGGACGUUGCAUCCUUACAGGUUGCAUCAACACGUCCCGAGCAUUACGGGUUCUUACCCUCGUGUUCUCCGUCAUUAUAG